CUCACUUCUUCCAUCUGAAAUUUAGGAAAGGGCACUAAAAUAUCCAAACUUUUCCCGCUCGAAGCCAUGGAUUCCGCGGCAGCGCCUUCGGCUUGGGGACCUGACGUGGAAGGCGGCGAGUGGGAGCUCCGGCAUGACGACGACGGCUUCACUUACAAGAUCCUGAAGCGCCCGCGGCUGGACGAAUUCUCCGCGCCAGAGCCGCCGGCGGUGGAUCCGGAGGCCGAAGAGAAACGCAGGAGAUCCCGCAAGCAGAAGGUGCUUCUGAAAUUGAAGGGCCGGUACCAGGAAGAGAUUGAUCGGUGGGAGCGUUUGUCGAACAGCUUGCGGGAAAUGGAGGAGAGGGUUAGACAAGAGACGGAGUCUCGGAAAGAACAGCAAUUGGAAGGGACGAAUUUGGAGUCUCAGGCGGUGGGAGGGAUGGAAGACUCAUGUGCCUCCCUCGUGGAUGAACUCCUGGCUAAGGCAGAUGCAGAAGAGAGACUGAUCUUGAGUUUCUCAAACCUAUGUGACCAAGAAGAAGCAGCUUGUGAUGCUCGUCGGGAACGUUUUGUGGAAUCCUUCUUAGAGCUGCCAGUUUGGUCUUCACCUCGAGAGCUAAUGGCUUCACUCUGUGAUGACUGAUGAGUAAGUUCCACUGAAGCUACUUGAGAAAGGAGUGUGGUAGUUAGUUUGCCUCUGCAUUAGUAAAUUACUGAUGUUUAGGUAUAGAUAGUGAAGUUAGAGCAGCUUUUGGUAGAUAUCAGUUGUCAUCCUUGUUGAUCUUGUAAGUAUCUCUUUUCAUUUGCUUUGAAUGUUAGAACUCAGAACAUCUGUGAGUGAAUGUAAUGUGGUGGAAGGAAUAGAGAUGGAGAUAUCGUGCUUGGGUGAUAUACAGUUGUUAGUGUUUGAGUCAUAGGCUCAUAGCUAACUCCAUUUGUAAAAUCUGUUGAUGAACUCGGAGUAAGCGAAAUUGGAUAAAAGUGUAACUUUU